CCUCCCCGGCGGAGCGGGCUCGGCGAGCAACAUGUCUCGGCAGAGCGCGGGCCGGGCCCUCCGGGCGCUGCUGCUGCUGCAGCCGCUCGCCCGGGCCGCUCCUCUCCCGCCCCGCGGACUGGCCGCCUCCUACGGUACUUCAAUAGCAUCUGCCAAAAUCCUAGUGAAUGGAGUCCACCUGCAUUAUCAGCAGACAGGAGGAGGAAGCCAUGCAGUUCUUCUGCUUCCCGGAAUGCUAGGGAGUGGUCAAACUGAUUUUGGACCACAGCUUAAGUCUAUGAAUAAGCAACUUUUCACAAUUGUUGCUUGGGAUCCUCGGGGAUAUGGACAGUCCAUUCCUCCAUCUCGAGACUUUCCCCUGGAUUUCUUUGAGAGGGAUGCAAAAGAUGCUGUGGAUCUUAUGCAGGCACUGAAGUUUAAGAAGUUCUCUUUGCUGGGGUGGAGUGACGGUGGAAUCACAGCACUCAUUGCAGCUGCAAAGUAUCCAGCCCUUAUCCACAAGUUGGUUGUCUGGGGAGCAAAUGCCAGUGUUACUCAAGAGGAUGUGAGAAUUUAUAAUGGCAUCCGAGAUGUUUCAAAAUGGAGUGAAAAGGUCAGGAAACCACUGGAAGAAAUGUAUGGGCAUGAGUACUUUGCAAAAACCUGUGAGGCUUGGGUAGAUGGAAUAUCUCGCUUUGCUGAAAGAUCAGAUGGUAAUAUCUGCCAGCAGUUACUGCCAGAUAUUAAAUGUCCCACAUUUAUAAUUCAUGGUGAGAAAGAUCCUUUGGUUCCCCAAGCUCAUGCAGAAUACAUUCAUAAGCACAUCAAAGACUCUCGGUUGCUUCUGAUGCCAGAAGCAAAGCACAAUCUACACCUGCGUUUUGCAGAGGAAUUCAACAGACAAGUGGAAGAUUUCCUACGCUGACUUAAACUGUAAAACAAGUUAAAGGUGUUUGCCCUUGCCUUGUUUAGGAAUUUUAGUUGGCUUUCCAUUUUGAUUCAAAUUACAGGUAGGUUUGAAUCAUGUAAGAAAAAAACGAUGAAAAAUAUUUGUAUGAGAAGCACACACUUCGAAAAUGUAAACCUCAGUGGUUCAGAGUGCACCCCUGUGCUGCAAGAUUUCUGACAUGUCUUUAAACUUACAUCUAGCCACACAGACUGAACAGCUGUUCCGUGUCCAAUAGAGGUGUUAAGAAAGACAGAAAACAUGAUCUAGAAUACAUGCCUUUAUGUGCUUUUAACAUUAAACAAAAACAUUGUAAUAA